AUGACGCUGCCUCAACGCGGAGGCGGAUUGGACGCUCGCGGGGCGGAGAGGCGGAGUGGGCGGGGCCUGCAGGAGUUUCCCCCGGGGCUGAGCGGAGAAAGUCCCAUUUGGGAGUCUUCGGGGGGCGAAGAAGAGAGAAGGAUGGGGGGCUCCGGCGCUGCGCCUUUGGCCUUUGGGGGGCUCCUGCUGGGGAUGGGGGCGCUGGUGGUCUCUUCUUCGGAGGGGCUGGGCGUGGAGGCGCCUCCAGGUGAGCCAAGAUUCUGCAAUGGGGGGGGGGGAGAAGGAAGAGGAAACUCCGCUUAGCGGGACCCCCAUCGGUGGGGCUCCUUUGAGGAUCCCUCCUAGAUGGUCUUCCAUGAUCUUAGCAGGGAGUCCGUAAGUGACUGUGGAGGCCAAUUCUGGAUCCCCACGUCCUUCCACAGGGGGGACAUGUGGUUGGGGGGGGGAAUUGAUCCCUUGAGGGUUUGCCAAGCGUGCCUUCCUCUUAGCACGGUUCUCCCUUGCGUCCUGAGUUCGAGUGCCUUCAAAGCCCAUGACGCCUUUGGUCAAGGCUGUUCUCCAACUGGAGCACCAGCAGACAGUGUUUCCCAAUUGUCGGUGUUUAUAGUACAUUUUGUUAGAUGUGCCUUGAGAGAAUCUUUUAACCUCUUUUGUUGACUUCCAGCAUUCCAUACUUUCCAUUUUUAAGUUAGGACUAGAGUAGUUGCUUUGAAAGAAGAAGAACAACAUGGUUCAGUUCAGGGAAGCUGAUGUUGAAGAAUCCUUGCUUCCCCACGGGGGAUCUUUGCUUCUCCCAGGACACGGGGGGCAAAGGGGCAGGAGGGAAGGGGAAACACUCCCCCCCCCACUGAAAAGGAGCAGCUCAGGCUUCUUGGAUUGGGAAGGAGAGAGCAUUUAAUUAUAUCCCACCUUUCAGGAUUCAAAUACUACCCCAGCAGCAUUCAACUGAAUUUUAAUAGAACUACAAUACUGACACAUUCCUGCAGGACAGCUGAUGGCAGGCAGCCCUAGGGGACUUUUUUGCGGGGGGUGGGGGUGGGCAGCUGAAUGUGGCCCUGAGCGCUUCUUCACCUGCCUCUGAAAAUCAUCCUCAUCAUUAUUAGUCCAUUUAUCUCCCAUCAUUUUCAAGAGAUCUCAUAAGCAAUUCUUAACUCUAGAAAUGACUCCACAUAACGCAUAAAUAUACCUUUCUUCCGCUCCUAAGACAGGCAUGGGCGUAGCCAGGAUUUUUGUUGGGGGGGGGCAGGACUUUUGUUAGGAGGUGGAACCUCAGUUUGCUAUGUAUUUUUAUUGGUGUUUAUUGAUUUUUUUUGGGGGGGGGACUGCGCCUCCCUGCCUACGCCCAUGACGCCGGCAGCAAAACCGGGGCAAGGGAAACCUAAACUACCCCCCCCUCGCGGCAGAACCCCUCUCCCCGUCCCCUCUCCCAGCCCCCCCCCCGCCUUGGGGUCCCCUGGGUGCUGAAAUGGGCUCCUGUGUAGACAGGCGUCGCUUCCUGGGCUCUGGCAGGGAAAGCGAAAGUGAAACCGGGUGUCCCGCAGCGGGAGGGGGGUCUCGUGGGAGAGAGGGGGCGGCAUCUCCCCCUUUUCCUGGUCUCUCUCCCACCCCCAACAUUUUCUCUUCCAGCCGGAGGGCAAUAAAAGGGGGAGGGGGAGAUAAGCAUGGGCGUAGCCAUCAGGGGCAGGGAGCAGCCCCCCCUCAAAUAAAUAAAUUAAACAAAGCAGAUAGGUCGGUUCUCUCUCCCCCCCCCAUAAGUCCUGGCUACGCCCAUGGGGUCCAGGGUCUUGGAGGUUGUGGCUCCCUCCCCGCAACGGCCUUUGGCUGCCGCUCUCUUCCUAACCCCCCCCAUGAGAUCACGUGACACGAGACAGACCAUCUUUCUCCUGCCCGGCAGCUGCAACUAUCCGCUAUCGUGGGAGCUGCGCCCUUAAGGGAACCGGAAGUCUCUGUCCGCCCCCAAUUUCAUUCUCCCCCCCCCUCCACCCCCGCAGAGCAUUUCCUGUACCAGAAGAAGGGCGAGUGCCACUUCUUCAACGGGACGCAGGGAAUCCACUACCUACAAAGGCACUUCUUCGACCGGCAGGAGCUCGACUACUUCGACAGCGACCGAGGGAAGGUGGUGGCUGUGGCUGAACUGGGGGAGCCCGACGCCAAGGCAUGGAACCAGGACAAGGACGUCCUGCGGGGUGUGAUGGCCAACGUGGAUUCCUUCUGCCGGCACAACUACGGGAUCUUAGAGCCCUUCUCCCAGGCCCGGCGCGGUGAGUCCAGAAUGGGGGGGGGCGGCGUCAUGGAAAACAGCCGCCCCGGAAGAACCCAAAGGGGGGGGGCGUGGGGUGGACACGUGACUUUCUCCCCCCCCCCCGGGCCCCCCCCGCCCUCCCGCUUUUCAGAGAGAUUAAGGGCCUUUCCUGGCGCCCCACUCCAGAGGCAGAGUUUCUGUGUCCCUGGAAGCAUCACAAACCGUUUGGUAUAUUGCAAUGUGGCUCUUAGUUUAGUUACUUGUUAUUAAUUAGAUUCGCAUCCCGCCCUAUACUUGUAGGCCUCAAGGUGGCUUGCAACACAAUAUUUCAGUAUUCAUAAUAAUAAUAAUAAUAAAAUAAUAACAACAAACAACAAUAACAACAAUAAUAAUAGAAGUAAUGAUAUUAUUAUUAUUAUUAUUAAUACCCCAUCCAUUUAGCUGGGUUUCCCCAGCCACUCUGGGCGGCUCCCAACAGAAUUAAAAGCACAAUAGAACAUUAAAAACUUCAUUUACUACAUGUGAUGUCUAUGGUUCUCCCUCUCCUCAUUCCACCCCCACAACGACCCUGUGAGGGAGGCCAGGCUGAGGGGGGGGGGGCUGGCCAGGGACACCCAGGAGACUCAAGGCCCAGGGGGGAUUUGAACCCGGGACAGAGUCCAACACUGGACUACAUUAGAGUGGGGGGCUGCAAAGGGGACAUAGCAGCCUUUCAGGGGAGCAGAGAAAGCACAUUUCAAGCAGAAACCCUGAACAUUUUUAAAGUACAAUAUGAUGUUAUUUGGCCGUUAGUUAUUAAUUAUGACACCUUAGCAUGUCGUUUCCUGCACACCUGACAUGGAUUCAGGUUGGGCUGUCAUACGUCCAGGUUUUCCAGGGAAUCGGAAUGUUUAAAUUGAGGGGUGUCAGAAAUUUAACCCCACAAUCUCAAAAUCACAUACUAAGGAUUAAAUAAUAAUUAUUAGAAACAUGGUCCAUUUCCUUCAAACCCACUCAUUACUAUUUUCAGCUACCAAGCUCCCCUCCAGCCCCCCUGCCCCCGUUCUCGAGGGAUCAUCCCUAAAUCAAAAGGAUACUGUGCAGUGAUUUCUGAAGAUCAUCCUGUGUGCUAGGAAAAAAGGAAGGACAAACUCCUGAGAUUCCCAGGACUGGGAAAUGAGACAGAAGGAUGGAAAGUGUCCUAGGAAGGGGAGGGGCAUCCCAGGACCCCCAGGGAGGAGCAGUUCCCUGUUUGUGGAAUGCCCAGUCUGACCCCUGGGGAAACUGGGCUGACUUUGGGUAGAUGGGGGGACAGAGAUCCCACUGGUGGGAGUGGGAAGUUGGGGGCUGGGAGCGUAGGAUCAACUGACUGUCCCAGGGCCAAAUCUAGGCUUUCUGUCACCCGGGCAAAGACCCUGUUUUGUCACACACACCCCACAUGCAUCUGCAUAUACACACCCACACACCCACCUGGACACAUUUGUUCAUAAAGGAAAUAAAAAGAGCUUUCAAAGAGGCUGGAAAAGAGAGAGUCUCUCCAAAUAGUAACAUUGUCUGUGUGCUAUCUGGCUUUCAUUCAACCUUAAGAAGAUCUCCUCAGAGAGCAGUAGAUCAUUUGAGGAAUUCUAAGAAAUAUCAUGACUGUAUAUAAAUAAUAAUAAUAAUAAUAAUAAUAAUAAUGGAAACAGUGAUAAUGAUCAGGCACAUACCAGAGUAAGUCCUAUUGAACUCAGUGGGACUUCUGAGUAGUAAAGGCAGUUUAAGGCUCUAAAGAAGAAAAUAAAAGAAUAAAUACUCCACAAGUUUCCUUCAAAAAUUGUGGCUGCUGAACCAUUGCAAUUAAGGAAUUUAAAGUGGAUUGGCUACAUUUUCCUCCCAAAUUACAGGGAGGGAUAAAUACAAAGAGCUUCGUAUGUCAGCAUCACAUCUCAUUCAUUGCAGGUAUUUUAUGUUCAGCAUAAAGAGGACUCAGUUUUUGUAGCUGAUUGUAGGCAGCAGUGCCCUCUUUAUGUGUUCACGUGGUGUAAACAUGUAUGUUGUCUUCUAGAGAUCCAAAUACACACACACACACACACACACACACACACACACACACUGAAUGAACACACAAGCAAGCAAUACUCCAAAGGGCUUCUGUUCCCAAAAGGGCAGGAGAGGAUGUUCUGAUCUCUUCACCACUUCUAAUUCAUCUCUGAGGCUUUAAGGGAAGCAAAAGAAGAAAGAAAGAAAAAGAAGACCUUCCCAUUUCAACUUUGCGUGGAGAGAAACCUUCUCCAGGAUUUCUCUUUGUACUCAGUUCCAAAAACAGAGGGGGAAAGGGGAAGGAGGGUCGUUUUCCAGGUUUUCCAGCUUCCCCUUGCAGAUUAGCAUCACUCUGGUGCUCAGCAGAUGCUUUUAGACUCUGGAGGCACCAGGGGGGGCUGCGGACAGAGAAAGGGCCCCCCCUGCAAGCUGGGAGACUCAGUUGCGCCCCUCUAGAGGCUUCCCCCUGGCUGGCCCCCCUCCCCCGUUAACUAUGGCCUCUUCCCCCUCCCUUGAAGCCUCCAGGUCCCUCCCUGCCUAAAUCUCCGACCUUCCUUCCACAUCUCCCUUGCCUCCUCCCACAGUCCAGCCCAAGGUGAAGAUCACCCCACAGACAACGUUGAAUCUUCACCACACAACACUCUGCUGA